UGAGUUGUGACCCGGAAGUACUUUCUUUCGGUAUCAAACAGGAUGUGCUGUUAGCUAGCUUUCUAGCUAGUUGCAAACAAAAUCGGUUACAAGUUGCAUUGUGAUCAUCAUUGUUGUUGAGUGACAGUUGAACCUGGAAUAAAUGACGUGAGGUAACGGAUGUCUGCAAUCCAGCGUUAACGUGUCGGAAUUCCUCAUUCGCGAGGUUAAGAGCAGGGGAGCUACCGAUGCUAGUUAGCUUAGCUUUGCUAACGUUGUCGAGGCCAGAGGUUGAAGCGUCUCAGUUUGGCGGUGGCUUGUUAACGUGGAUGUUUCGCAGCGACCUGAACUAUUAUACCAGCAACUGGGACGUGCGUUUAUUCAACUACUUCCCUUUACCAACAGCGACAGGCGGGGCAAUGCAGGUUAACUCCAUGAGCAGUGAAUAAAAUACGGUGCUAAAACCAUACGUGCAGGUUGGUGUUGGUAGUUUAGAAGAUUAGCUGAAGAUACAAGUGCAGUCAUGGACGAUUUUAGCUCGAUCAGCCUGCUGUCUCUUGCGAUGUUAGUGGGAUGUUACGUGGCCGGGACGAUACCUUUGGCAGUCAACUUCUCCGAGGAAAGGCUGAAGCUGAUCACGGUGCUCGGAGCAGGGCUGCUGUGUGGGACCGCACUGGCUGUCAUCAUUCCCGAGGGGGUCCACGCACUUUAUGAGGAAAUACUCGAAGGAGCACACCACAACCAUGGCCAGGUCGGAGCCGUGGAGGUGUCCCAGUCGAAGGGUGAAGUGGACGCGGCCCUGAGCGGCAGCCUGAAACACGAGCACAGCCACGAGCAGCUGCACGCCUGCAUCGGAGUGUCUCUGGUUCUGGGCUUUGUCUUCAUGCUGCUGGUGGACCAGAUAGGCAGUUCUCAUGUGCACAGCACGGAAGGGUUGGAUCCAGAGGCGGCCAGAGUGUCCUCCUCCAAAAUCACUACCACCCUGGGUCUGGUGGUCCACGCUGCAGCUGAUGGAGUGGCGCUGGGAGCUGCUGCCUCCACCUCUCAGACCAGCGUUCAGCUCAUUGUUUUUGUCGCUAUCAUGUUGCAUAAGGCCCCAGCGGCGUUCGGCCUGGUAUCCUUCCUGAUGCACGCCGGUCUCGAGAGGAACCGGAUCCGCAAACAUCUGUUGGUCUUCGCCCUGGCGGCGCCGGUCCUCGCCAUGCUCACCUUUUUAGGCCUCAGUCAGAGCAGCAAGGAGGCCCUGUCGGACUUCAACGCCACCGGCGUCGCCAUGCUCUUCUCCGCCGGCACCUUCCUCUACGUGGCCACCGUCCACGUCCUCCCGGAGGUCGGGGGUGGCAGCCACAGCCACGCCCCCACGGGAGGGAACGGGGGGAAGGGACUGAGCAAGGUGGAGGUGGGGGCUCUGGUGCUGGGCUGCCUCAUUCCUCUGGUGCUGUCCGUCGGCCACCACCAUUAGACGCAGACCGCAGGGCGGAUUUUAAACGGGUGUA